AAUGGCAAUUCACAGAGUUGGAAUUAUGGCGAAAUGGGCUUAAAAAAAUUAAACACUUUGGGGUGUGAUAAAUAUAACGGACAAGGAAAAUCAGAGCGCGUGUGACCAAAACAUAUCAGAGCUAGAGCCACGCGCUGAGAGCUAUAUUAGGUCACCGCAUUGCUGCUUUGACUCUCAAAGCAACGGGAACGGGAAAUAGCACGGAGCACGAGCACGGGCGCCCGGUUGCAUUUGAUUUAAGCCGCCGCAUACCACAGCAGGGAGACCGUUCUGUUUCGUUCACUAAAUGACUAUCCAUGGAAGAUGUAUUUUUAUUUUUUAACUACAACCUGCUUUUCAACUGAUAGCCGAGAAACCGUAGAUAAAAUAAGAUGUUAAAGUGAUUACCAAGGGUAAAUAAUAAACAAUACCGGGCAAGCAAGGUCCCUUCCCCGAGCGCAGGUGGAUCCAACGAAGUGGUGGAACAGGGUAUUGAACGAGAACAGGAACUGCAGCGUACCACGAUAACCUCGGGACUUCUAGCCUACUACUACUAUAUUCAAAUAAUAGGUCUAACUAUUAAUUCCUAUAUCUGCUUUUUGGGGGUCCAUUAUGAUGCUAAAUUGUUUCACAACCUGGAUGUGUAUCAGAACAUCAUUAUGAUGGAAAUAGAAUAACCCAAGUGAUGUUGCCACUGUAGAACGCAUAACGCACUUGGACUAAUAGGUGUGUAACUCUAAUCAAAUUAUUGCUUUGUACGCUUCCCAAGCCUGCUUUAAUUGAAAUAAUACCUAGUUCUCUCUUAUGUGGACCUAUAAUAGUGUUUAAAGGAUGCCUGAAGCACUCGCCCCAGCCCAGGCGCUCUACAUCGGCAUGGAGGUGGUGAUUGCCGUCUUUUCCGUCCUGGGUAAUGUGAUGGUGGUCUGGGCGGUGAAAAUUAACAAAUCGUUGAGAGACACAACAUUCUGUUUCAUCGUUUCUCUGGCCCUGGCGGAUAUCGCAGUGGGAGCCCUCGUCAUCCCCUUGGCGAUAACUAUCAGCAUCGGACUUCAAACUCACUUCUACAGCUGCCUAAUGGUCGCGUGCACGGUGCUGGUACUGACGCAAAGUUCCAUCCUGGCCCUCCUGGCCAUUGCGAUUGACCGCUAUCUCAGGGUCAAGAUUCCAACCAGCUACAAGCGUGUGGUGACAAAGCAGCGAGCGGCCGUGGCGGUGGUGGUGUGUUGGACUGUGGCCUUCAUCGUGGGCUUGACCCCCAUGCUGGGCUGGAACAACCUCUGGAGGCUGCAGCAGAACGGUUCUCUGAACGAGGAUCUCAUCAUCACCUGUCAGUUUGAGAACGUAAUCAGCAUGGACUACAUGGUCUACUUCAACUUCUUCGGCUGGGUGCUGCCUCCUUUACUUCUCAUGCUGGUCAUUUACACAGAGAUCUUCUACAUGAUCCACAAGCAGCUCAACAAGAAGGCUUGCACCAUCAGCCACACCGACCCCAACAAGUACUACGACAAGGAACUCAAACUGGCCAAGUCGCUGGCCCUGGUCCUCUUCCUGUUCGCCAUCAGCUGGCUUCCCCUCCACAUCAUCAACUGCAUCACGUUGUUCUGUCCUACCUGCGACAAACCCCUGUUCCUGAUCUACAUCGCUAUAUUGCUCACGCACGGCAACUCAGCCGUCAACCCCAUCGUCUACGCCUUCCGCAUCAAGAAGUUUCGCGACGCUUUCCUGAAGAUCUGGAAGCAGUACUUCUGUUGUAAGGACGUACCCGCCAUAUUGAACCAGCCUAGUGAGAAGGACAGGAAGGAGAACGAGAACCAGAAUGGGAACGGGAAUCCUAAUCCGAUCGGGGACUCACCGCCAGCUCCUUCGCCAUCACAAGAAGGGCAGCAGCUUCCACUAGAGCAGAUGGUUAACCACCAGCUGCCACAGAAGCCGCCGAUGGAGCACAACAAUAUCUAACUAAUUCCCGGAACAACGGGAGUUUCUACAUUGACGUGUUUCAGAAAACUUUGAGUUCCAUUGUUUUUUUUGGAGAUGACUAGAGGUUGUUUGACAGGAGUCAGAGGCAUCCUGAUAGUAGUCGUUUCCCGAAUGUGAGGCUACCAAUGGAGGAGGAGUGUGAGAAACAUUCCAGCAGUUUACUUUUUGUACCCUGCACCUGGAUGUGACUGGAUGUUUGUGUAUACUACUUUGAAAGGAGUGUGACAUGGUACCCUACUGAAUCGAAGGAUUCUGGAUGGAAGGAUUCUGAAUGGAAGGAUUCUGGAUGGAAUGAUUCUGAAUGGAAGGAUUCUGGAUGGAAGGAUUCUGAAUGGAAGGAUUCUGAAUGGAAGGAUUCUGAAUGGAAGGAUUCUGGAUGGAAGGAUUCUGAAUGGAAGGAUUCUGGAUGGAAGGAUUCUGAAUGGAAGGAUUCUGAAUGGAAGGAUUCUGGAUGGAAGGAUUCUGAAUGGAAGGAUUCUGGAUGGAAGGAUUCUGAAUGGAAGGAUUCUGGAUGGAAGGAUUCUGAAUGGAAGGAUUCUGAAUGGAAGGAUUCUGGAUGGAAGGAUUCUGAAUGGAAGGAUUCUGAAUGGAAGGAUUCUGGAUGGAAGGAUUCUGAAUGGAAGGAUUCUGGAUGGAAGGAUUCUGAAUGGAAGGAUUCUGGAGACGUGUUCGGCGACUUGCAGCUUAAGGAUCCAUCUUACAGACUGUGAAAUCUAAUUUUAACAUUCGUGUGGAGGUGGGGGGUGAAGAGAAAAAAACACAUUGAAAAUGAGUAUUAGGGUUUAUACAGUAAAAAAACUGAGAAUUAGUAUUAGGGUUUAUACAGUAAAAAAAGUGUCAUCAAAAACGUGCAAUAAUGUAAGUCUAUUUGAUAAUGAGACUGAGACAUCUUAGUAGCUAACUGAACUGAAGGCACUAAGCUUUAACUGACAGUUAACGGAACACUGACAGUUGACCUUUUUAGCAUUGUGAAAUUAGAGAGGAACUGA